AUGGAUUCGAGCUCUGAAUCGUACGAAAAAACAGGCGGAAACACCUUAACGGAAAUCCUUCAGCCCGCUGUCUUCUUUUUGUCAGGUCAAUCUGUCUUCGCUGAGUCUGCAACUCCAAGGCUGCUUUACCAAUUAAACAGUGACAUCAGGUCAACCUCGAAUAAGGACUCAUCUGUGGCAUUCGAAAGAGUCGAGCAAGAUACAUCUGAUCCCGAGAUAGAAAUCGAGGGUGUCACUCCUGGCACGUGGCGCAAGCGACAUCUUUUCUAUCUUGCACACCCUGUGAAUGCACAAUACCGGACCGACAUACCCGCUAAGUACUACAUCACAGCUGCGGUGCCCGAGAUGAUGGGCAAUAUUCGCCUCGAGAAUUCUGAGGCACGAUUUCAAAAGACGUCCUUCAAGGCGAUGUUAAGUGCGAAAAAGACCGCCUCGGAUAAACCAUUAUUCUACGAGGGCACGCAACAACUCCUAUUGUUUGAUAUCCAACCAAACUGGAAGGUCGGUCGAAAUUGCUACAAGUGGAGCAAUUCCAAUGGCACACAGGUCGCCGUUGAAGAAAAAGAAGAUGACAGAUAUAAAUUAUCAGUCACGAGCAGUAUGUCGCAGGAGUCGAUGGAUGCACUGGUCGCUACAUGGCUAUUGAGGCUGUGGCACGAUACGGCUGAGAGUAAGCAAGCCAAAAGAGAAUGUGAGUUAACUUGA